AUGGCGGCACCACCGCUCCCUGAUUUUGACAUUACGCCGUCCUUGGCACCACCGCCUGGAGUUGUGCCCAACUUUGAGAACCCGGAGAGUAUUAGGACUAUCAUCGAUUUCACGUUGGGGAUAUGCAUCGGGGUCAGCUCGUUGUUCGUCCUCCUGCGAAUAUGGACUCGUUUUUUUAUCGUGAAGAUGCAUGGUUGGGAGGACUAUACAAUGAUCAUAGCUUGGCUCAUGUUCAUCGCCUACAUCACCCUUGGGUUUUUGGCAGAGCAGUAUGGCUCGGGGAUCCAUCAAUGGGAUGUACCUCUCAGUCAUUUCUUCAAGUUCUUAUACCUGGCCAACGUGCUCGAAGUAUUAUACAAUCCGGUGAUAUUUACCACGAAGCUAUCCAUCCUCCUCCAGUACAAAAGGAUAUUCUGCCCUCACAACUCCGGGACGACAUACUGGCUUAUUCAUGUCCUCAUAUGGAGCAAUCUACUGUAUUAUAUCGCCGUCAUGAUACCGCAAAUAGUUGUGUGCAAUCCAAGAGAGAAAGCCUGGCACCCAUAUCUCCCUGGUAAAUGCCUGGACUUGCCUUCGAUCCUUAUUACUGGCGCCGUCGUCAACAUCAUCUCGGAUUUCUCGAUUCUCAUCUUACCAGUCCACAGCAUUUGGAAGUUGCAGAUGUCGAGAUCGCGAAAGUACGGUGUCACGGCCAUCUUUGCGACAGGUCUCUUUGCGUGCGUCUCUAGUAUCAUGAGACUUUACAAUAACGUAAUCUUCAAGACUACGGAGGAUAUCACAUACAACUUGUCAGGCGUUGCGCUGUGGACUAUUGCCGAAAUCACCAGCGGUAUGAUCUGCGGAUGCCUCCCUCUACUGCCCAACUUAUUCCGACACUUCGUUCCCAAGAUCAAGAACUCGAUGACAUGGGGCGGUAGCAAGGGGACCAACAAGACCAAUCGAGCUACGAAAGGUAACGAUAGCGAGUUAAGCGCAAUACGGAUGGACAACAUGGAGAGGAAGUAUAUGCAGGGCGAAUAUAUUGAACUCGAUGGUAGGCCGCAGGUACUGCCGCGGCAUAUGGUUGGGGGACCGGAGAAUGUCUAG